UAUAAACCCUAGCAUCCCUCUUACUUCUUUACUCUUGCAAAAAACCCUCGCUGGAGCAACGUGAAGAGAGAUCUGCAUCGGCGCCGCAACAGCAGCAGAAGUGAAGAUGGAGGCAGCGAGAACUGUGAAAGAUGUUUCCCCUCACGAGUUUGUGAAGGCUUAUGCCGCACACCUCAAGCGCUCCGGCAAGAUGGAGCUUCCUGAGUGGACUGAUCUCGUCAAGACUGGUAAACUCAAGGAGCUUGCUCCAUAUGACCCUGAUUGGUACUACAUUAGAGCUGCUUCUAUGGCAAGGAAGAUCUAUUUGAGGGGUGGUAUUGGUGUUGGUGGAUUCCGAAGAAUCUAUGGUGGUAACCAGAGGAAUGGCAGCCGCCCUCGUCAUUUCUGUAAGAGCAGUGGUUCAGUUGCACGCAACAUACUUCAGCAAUUGCAGAACAUGAACAUCGUUGACUUUGAUCCCAAGGGUGGAAGGAGAAUCACAUCCAAUGGCCAGCGUGAUCUUGACCAAGUUGCUGGAAGAAUUGCUGCUGCUAUUUAAGAGAUGAAUUCAGGCAAUUUUAUGAAUACAUGAGUUAGCUUGAACUUAUUGUUUCAGUUUGGACCUAUAUAAUUUUAGGGUACUUUUCAAUCAAUUUUGUGGAUGUUUUGCCUUUCUGAACUUUGCGUCUUUCUCAGUAUGCCAGUUUUGCCCUUUCAGUACCUAGAGAUGUAUUGUGGCAUAUCUUCCAUUCAAUGCAUCACCUAGUCCAUAUUUUACAUUGAGUUGGUCUCUUUAGAAUUGGCAGCUAUCACCUAAUUGAUAAAAUUCAAAAGCCUUGUUGGAA